AUGCCCGGUUACGGACGAGAGCGUAUGAAAUUGAAAGAAUACUUAGGUAUUGAAUGGAUAGAACAUGGACUUGAUGAAACUGGUCAGAGUGACGAAAAAGUAAUACAUCGUUCCACUGAUCUUGACUGUACUUUUGACGAACCCUCUAAGUGUAGAUGGAGAAAUGUACGAGAUUCUGAAGGAUUGGACAGUCUUGAUUUUCAUUUGUUCGAAAAAACUGAUUAUACAGAAUUUCCAAUUUUACAAGUUCGACCUGGGCCGUCCAAGCUAAAACUUGGGGACAAGCUGAUAUUUACCGGUGAUAGAAAAGAUGAAGAACAGACGGCACUUUGGUUAAGCUCGCCGGUUGGUUGCCAAAAUUCUUCUGGACAACUUGCAUUUACAUUUUGGCUUUACAAUGGUGCAGGUGUUGAAGUACUGAUUUUGGAGAAACAAAAGGAAAAAAUUGUUGUUUUGCCCGAAAAGCCCUAUGUAGACUGUGGUCCGGUACAUCUGAAUACAGAAUGUGUUGCUGAAAUUCCAGCUCGUGAAUCACCGUUUUACCUUGGAAUACUGGCGUUUGGUAUGAAUACUCGCGAGGGCUCAUUCGUUAUGAUUGAUAACAUAGCUUACCGUGCGUCACUAUGCAAAGUUGCAACUAUUAGCUUGUUUUUCGCGCUUAUUUCUGUAAUUAAUGACUGUUUGACGGAUAGUAUGAAGCGUAUUAAUUUGGAAGUGAUUUUUCUAGUCGAACUGGGCGAAAAUUUCCAUGGAAGACCAUUUGUAACAAAACCAGAUCAACCAUCGUUACAGGCAGCUGACCAGUUGAACUGUAACCAGUUUGAUGAGAACUGCCGGUGGAAAAGUACUGGACACGCAAAAGAGAUGUGGCAGGUCGCCGACACUACACCGCCAAAAGACCUUUUAUUCCAAGCAACUGGCACCUUCAUUCUUCCAGAACCGCCUUUUUUGUACAUGUAUAUCGAGCAAGAUCAUACCGGACCAUUCAAUGCACUACAGUCAGACCUGAUUUCUUGUCAGUCAGAAAACAGUUCUCAAUUCUCAUUCAGGUUUUGGGCAAGCCCAAAAGUAUCAAUGCAAGUUUGUGCUACAGAUAUAUCGCUCCACGACCUUGAGUGUUUUCAAGUGCCAAUGUCGCGGUCACCGACAGUUGUCUAUUUCUCUUUUACCCGGGUCACUACGCGGUUUACGAUAACUGUGAAAGUCAAAAGCGUAAAUCCGGAAGGUGAUAGCUUUAUAGCGGUCGAUGACAUCACGUACAAAGCAACGCUUUGUACUGAAGCUACGGAUGGCUGGGAUCUUGGGGACAAAUUUUUUUCAACUCCAAUACUUAGUGCUCUUCUUCAUCGGCCUAUUUAUAAUGCUAAGAAUCUGGACUGCACUUUUUUGCAUCGCGGAGUUGAAUGCAUGUGGGGGAGUGAAGAUGGAACACAACCGUUAUGGAUGACCGCGUCGACCCCGCUAGAUAUUCAUAAAUUUCGGUCACUGACUGGAACAAGUCAAAUGCCCGAAGGUGAGUUUGGUGUCGUACGACUAAAAACUGGUCAAACAGCAAACCUUUUGACUGAACCGAUCCGGUGCCUUGCCAGUGAGGGGACUUUAUCUUUUAGGUUUUGGCAAACACAUGGCACUAGACUAAGUGUAUGUUUAUUGGAAGAUAAACUUCCGGAACUGAUCGACUGUCAGAAGAUAACAAUACCUCAACCAGGUCCGGCUAUUAUUGACCUUCCGAGUAUGAAGCAACCAUUUAGGAUAGCCAUUCGAGCUGAGUCGUCAAACAAAGGAAUGAUAAUGCUUGACGACAUUCAUUUUCAGGGUGAUGUAUGUCCAACAACCACUCGGGCACAUGGGGUUCGAACGUCAGCAAACCGCAUCGGAUUUCAAAUUCCUGAUCCAAAUGUCUGCUACCUUCUUUCGUGUAGUUUUGAAGAAGGUCAAAGCUGUUUAUACAAAUCAGGAAGUAUUGGCGGUUCACAGGGUCGUUUUCGAGCCAGUAACGGUUUUACAGCAGCCAACCUGUUCUUUAAAGGAAAAAUUGCCGUACUUGAAUCUCCGCCAUUCAACCUGAAUACGGCUGCUCGUGUGCAUUUCUCAUAUAAAAAAGAGUUAGACACUUCGUUACUUUUCAUCUGCCAAGACAGUGCAACAAAAGAGUUGGAAAAUUGUUAUGAAGUUGGGAAAAAAAGUAAUAAUAGUACGUGGGUUCGCGAUUAUAUGGAAUUGAUACCAAGCGAUGUCAAGUUUUAUUUUAUUGCUAAACUUCCGGAUGGUUCUCGUCGAUCUCGAGUAUCACUAUCAAAUAUUGUUUUAACAGAUGUUGAAAAUAACGCCGUAUGUUCUUAA